GAAAGCAAGGCAACAUGCCUAAAUCAUGCCACCCUCGGAGGUCGAGCGAAGAGAGUCUCUCAUUAGAGAGCCGUCUCCAUCGCCGAUUAUAGUGGACUCCAAGAAAGACGAUGUUGAGGACUUUCUCGACGAUGUCGAGAGAGACGCAAUGGAAUGGAAGAAAAACAAUGAGGAUCUAGCAAAGGUGGAUCUAGAUUGGACAGAGGAAGAGGCGGUGGCGUCGGGCUGGGAUCCAUCCGCUUUAUAUAUGGAGGAAGAUGAUUUGCUGGGCAUUCCGAUGUUGAAAUUUACGAUGUGUGGUUACAUGUGGAAACUAAGGACGCUAGUAAAGCGAAUUUCAGCCAUUUCUCAUUGUUUAUCUACUGGGUCAUUGGCGUUUGCUCUCCACUCAGAAAAAUCAAUAUUGGAAGUACGUCGAAACCUUUUUCAAGUGUUUUCUCAGGUUCAUAAAGAGUUGGGCAAUACAAUACCCUCCCUAAGUGUCCUUCCAGGUUCUUAUCCUUCAAGACUCUCGUCUUGUCCAACGUGUUACCACCCUUUUCAGGGACCUUUGGUGUACGUACGGAAUCCAAAUACCGAGUUCGUUCUUUUGCAACGUCAACGGGUAUCAAAAUGGCUGACUAUGUGGCAGUGGUCGGUCAUCCUUCACUACGAGCGGCCUCCCUCUGUGGGGCAACUCUUUAUCUUCAGGACUUGUUGUCCCCUUCUUUUAUCUUCUCAAUGUUAUGGUUUCAAGCCAAGCCUUAGAGCUUGUUUGUUGUAUGGUUUAAGAUUAUUGAUUGUAGUUUAUUUUAUCCUUAUGUGUAAGUUUAUUGGUGUGUAAGUUUAUUGGUGUAUUUGGCUCCUUUUCAAAGGAAGCUUGUAAACCUUUAAUCUAAUAUAAUGGAGUCCUUCAGGAAAAA